GGGAUUUCUCUUUUUGCAAGCCUCAAAGUAAAAUUCCUCUCCUGCUCCUUACUCAGCCUUUUAUCGUGAUCUACGUUCUUCUUUAUUGUUUCUGGUUUCUUCAUUAAGUACCAAACUUAGAUCAUUCCCUUUUUCUCAUUUGCGUGAUUCUUGUGUAUUUCAUCUUCUCUGGCACCGAGCUACUCACCGAGAGAAAAAGCGUGAAAGAAAAGGCAGCUGCCGUAAGAAAAAGAAACGGUGGAAGAAGGGGGUUGAGGGAGAAGGAGCAGAAAAGCUGGGUUUUGCAGUUUGAGGAAAAAAUGAUUCCUUGAAUGCAUUUCUGAACAAUUGUUUGUUUGCUUCUGCUACAUCCCGGUACAGCACCCCUUUGUUCCUCACCGUAAGUAACACAAACACCCAACUAUCUUUCUCUUUCAUUGCCAUGGCAUCCAAACGUCAGCUUGUUUCUUCCUCUGACUCGUCAGACUCUGACCAAGAGAGUUCCAGAGAAACCAGCGACUCCUCUGAGUCGACAGAGAAGCAAAAACCGGCAGAAGAAAGGCACCCCGAUAAAGAGGACUCUGGCUCCAAGGAUGCUGGGAAUGGGAAACGGAAGUCGGAAGAAAAAAGCGUGUCGGAGGAUGCACCCCACCAUGCUGAGAAACAGAGGUCGGGAGAACAAUGCCAACAGGUGAACCCAGGAAGCCACUCCGAUGCUGGAAAGAAAACUCCACUGAUGAUCAACUCUUCCGAGAAUGCAAAAGAUUCUGCUGCUACUGACUCAGAUGCUUCUACCCCUCCGGAGAAAUCUUCGUUACGGGCAUCGAGAAAGCAUCCUCUAAAGUCCGAAUCAGAUCAAAGAAGGUCCGGGCCUAAACGGGUCAAGAAGGAAUUCAAUCAGGAGAACGCAAUGAAACUGUUUCAACGGGUGUGGACCGAGGAGGAUGAAAUUGUCAUUCUCAACGGUAUGAUUGCCUACAAGGAUGAAAUGGGGGAGGACCCUUUUAGUAAUAUGGGUGAAUUUUAUCAUUAUAUUUUAGAAUCUGUUAGUUUUGUUUGUACAAAAAUUCAGUUGAAGGAGAAAAUUAGAUGGCUGAAAGAUAAAUAUUUGAAAAAAGCUAACAAGGGGGAAAAGACAUUUUCUACUCCAAAUGAGGAUCAAGUUUUUCGUUUGUCUAAGAAGAUAUGGGGCAAACAAAAGGUGAAGAAAGCAACAGAGGUGCGUGAGGAGGUGAAUGUGAAUAUUCCAAUUAGGAAGAGUCUUGGAGUUGCCAGUUUGGAAGCCGAAAUAUUAGCAGUUGGGUUGGAUGUAGUUGGAGGACCAGAGAAGGAGGCACUGGAGAAGAGAUGGAAGAGUCUACGUGUUGCUGAAUUGAAGGCCUUCUUGGUGCGAAGCCAAAUUGUUGCUGAUCAGGCUAAGUUGUUGUUGGACUACUACAAGACUCAUUGAUGUGAUAUUUUCUGGGAGGGUAGUUUUUUUCUAUGGGGUGCAUGUUUUUAUUUUUUGAUGCUGGGACAAUGUCCUUUUUGUCUAAGGAUUCAUGUUUUUGUUUUGUGAUGCUCUCCUGCAUCAUGGUAUUGUUAUGUCAUGGUACUCUGUUAUGUUUUUAUUUUAUCAAGUUGCACUAUUUUUUGUCUUUUAAUGUCUUCUGGGUGCUGCAAUAUUUUCUCAGAUUAUAGAAAACCAGUUGGUUCAUCGGGAGUAAUUUAGCACAUGCUUAACUGCCCACCUCAUGAUUCCUUGAUUCGUAAUGCCUUUUCUUUGUUGCUCUUUGUACACAAGCAGCUAAAUGCACCAACUGAUCCUAUUCAUAAACAAACUGAGAAUUCCACUGAAGAAGAUGCAAGCUGGUAUGAAGGCCAGAAAAAUCGAUGCAACUUUUAUAAUGAGAUGAUUAGUGAUCAGAAAAUCCUCAAUUCUGAGAAUGAAAAUUUAUGGGAAAUGUAUCAGGAGAGUUUGCAAAUACCCGUGCAUGCUGGUCCUGCUGCUGGUAAUUGCUUCUUUUUUUUUGGGGGGGGUUUACACCUUUCAUGAAUUUAAGAUAAAGUCAUCAUCCAUAAAAACAUGCAAGGCAAACCAGAGCAUCAUCAAAUCUGAACAAACUCAAUAACAUUGUGUUGUAAGGCAUUUACCGUUAUGGUAAUUAUUUCUUUUCUUUAUUCUUUUUCCUGGGAUCAUUCGUUUGACUGCUUUUGGUUUUUUAUUUGAUCUGUGAUUAUUGGUCCUUAUCUACUAGUUUCAGUCAUUUUGUGGUUUUCUGAUUGUGUUUGUUUUCCUUUUGAGACUUUUGAACAGGUCCUUUUUGAAAAUAUACAUUGAGGUCAUUU